AUGCUUUGGUUCGAUGCCAAGGUGGGUCUGGGCCUGCGUCGCAUUGACCUCAAGUUCCAGUGGGCACACUGGCACAUCAGCACAAAUGGGCUUGCUGCACCUCUAUAUCAAGAUCCUGUCAACGGACCCACACCCCAAUACAACAACCUCCCUUCUUCCUCCACAACCCAACUCGAAGGCAUCCCAACCAUGAAGACUUUUCUCGACCUUCCACAAGAUAUUCUUCUCCACACACUCACAAUGUUCUGUAACGAUUGGGACCGAGCUCGUAUUUCGAAAGUUUCCCGUCAACUACGGACACUCGUUAAGCCAGCAAUCUUCCGUCGUGUUACUUGGAGCCCCCAUUAUCACCCCGAGCGUGGAUUCGUGCCGGAGGAGCUGUUUUCUUACAUCCGGCGCUUAAUAGUAGACGAUAAAUAUGGGCGCACCCCGCCAGCUGAUAUCGCCUCAGAGCUCCGAAAGAAUCUGGCCCGCUUUCCCGUCCUCGAUCUGUUGGCCUUCAAGUCUGUCGAUAUGUCUGACGAAUUGAUGGAAGCCUUGCGGACCGCCCCGGCGUUGACGAAAAUUACCCUUGUGAUGCCACAACCAGGGCGUUCCAUACUCCCGCCGCGUUUAGCACCCAAUCUGAGUGCACCUGCCUUAAAGAAAGUGGUUCUUCGUACAUCACUUAGAGUCGCUAAUUACAACUAUGGUCUCACACGCAGAGAACGGAAGCAUGUCGAACUUGAAGCGGGAAACUUCUCUUGCGUCUUCGCUGCGGCCCACACAACGCUCGAAACCCUGAUUAUGCUUGGAGAGCAUCUAUUCAUUGCCUUUGAUCCCACUCUCGACUGGGGAAAUCUACGCGAGCUGCAUGUACAAGGAUUUUGGCCCAUUCUCCCGGAAGGGUCUCAACAGGCGAAGAUGCGGGACAUUCUUGAGGCGCUCCCGCUCCUAGCCGUGCUCAAACUCAAUCUUACCGUUCCAAAAGACGAGUCCGAAGCAUCGACCUGUGCCAUUUCGGAAGACCAUUUGCCCCGCAACCCCGCGACUUUUCUCUCCCGUCUCCGCCACUUCGAACUGGCAUCGUUGUCCCCAUCUGAACGCAUCCUCUCCUUCCUGCCUGAGGACAUACAAACACUUACCCUCACCCGGUUCCCCCUCCAGGCCGCCGCCCUCAACACCCGGCAGUCCAUUCUGACCACCGACGUUCUUCACCAGUUUCUUAAGCCGCUGCAAUUUCCUCGUCUCACAUCGUUGACCGUGUGGUAUCACAUCGACUCGCCUGCUGCGCUGGAAGACGAGGAUGCGCUCUUAUCCGACCUUGCAAGCAAAUUCCCCUUGCUCCAACAUCUCGAAAUCCAUCGGCGCUGGAGUCAUUACAAUGAGCUUCUGGAAGACCGCUGGGACCCCGUCCGUCCAUUACGGGAAUUGCUCUCCAAAUUGCCGCGACUCGAACGCUGCUCGAUAGACGUGGACCAUCCAGAUAGAUAUGGCCAGCGCGCCUUCCAUGCUGGUGUCGACAGGUGGGGCAGCGACCAACGUGAGUGCGAAGACCACGAAAAGCGUCUGCGUCUGCUGGCCAUGGACAUCGUCGCCUCGUGCCCGCCGCUCCGCCACUUGUCGAUGUAUCGAGAAAUGUCGUACAGCGCCAUUACCUACUGGGCGGCCUGGUUUGUGAUCUGGGCAGCGGAUGGGUCGUUCACGCUUGCACCGGAAAGCGACCGGUAUACCGAUUGGCUUGACAACAGCACGGAUAUGUGUUACAGCUACACUGAUGUCUAG